GGGCAGCCUUGCUCUUCGGGAGCCCCCGCCACCAGCCCCCAUCACUCAGAGGAGUGCUCUGCCACCUGCGGAGAGGGCAUCCAGCAGCGGCAGGUGGUGUGCCGGACCAAUGCCAACAGCCUCGGGCAGUGCGAGGGGGACAAACCAGACACUGUUCAGGUCUGCAGCCUGCCCGCCUGUGCAGGAAAUCUCCAGAACUCUACAGUGAGCACUGACAUUCAGGAACCUGUGACCCCAGAAGGACAGUGGGUGCCACAGUCUGGGCCCCUACAUCCCAUUAACAAGAUAUCAUCAAAGCUGUGCAUGGGGGACCGCUCCGUCUUCUGCCGAAUGGAGGUGCUCGAUCGCUACUGUUCCCUCCCCGGCUACCACCGGCUGUGCUGUGAGUCCUGUACCAAGAAGGCCCUGGGCCCCGCCACCAGCCCGGCCCCGGCCUCACCACCACCCUUCUCCGCCCCCGGGAGCGCUCUGCCAGGACCGGAGGCCCCUCCAGAUGCUGUGGAGCCCACUGUGGGGCCGACAGGAUCAGAUGACCAUCAGCGUGGCCGGUCCACACAGCUCCCGAGCCCUCUGGGCACCAGCUCCCCGGUGACCCAGCAUCGCUCUCCUCCCCAGAGUCUGAGCCCUCGAGCAUCCUGGGGUGCUUCCCCCAGCGCCCCCCGGGGACUGCCUUGGGGCUGGACCCGGGCACCUGUGCCCGUCUCCGAGGAUAAAGGGCAGCUCAGGGAAGACCCGAAGCCCCCAGGCACCGGCCUCCCCAGCGCCUCCCUGGUGACAUGAGCCCCACUUUGCCUGUCCCGCCAGUCAAGUUUACACUGCGUGCCACCUCGGAGACCGCCAGCUCGGAGGACACAUGGCGGGGCAGGGCAAACACUGACUUCCUUUUAAAUUAUUUGCCUUCUUGUUGUUCUGGUUUGGGGCUGUGGCACUUCACCCUGUGAGGUGGGUGUGCGAGGAAGAAAAAGAUCAGGGAAAGCCCCUAACCGGAGAUACCUCAGCCGGGAGCCGGGGCGACACAGCCGAGCCUCUCAGGGGCUCCUGUCUGUCUCCUGGCAGGACUGAGGGCCAGCUAGCCCCUCCUCCUCACGGCCACACGGUGGGGCCCCCCACCCUGGAUCCUUCUGGCCGCCUGCCUUUGCCAGAACGCGUGGGGACCACUGUGGAGGCCCUGUCUGUUCGGCCCCUCUGCCUCGAGAGGCGAAGCGGGACAGGGAAGGUGAGGAGCACUCUCAGGGCAGGCCACGAGGAAGGGGGCGCGUGGUGCGUGUGGUCACAAGUCUCUGGCUGCAGGGCUCCGGGGCGGUGCCGGGGGCGGGGGGGGCAAGUUCAUCUCAGGCCCGGCUCUUCCUAGCAAGAGCACCACACGGUUCCUCUAGCCAAGGCCAAGAGGCAGAAUCCAGCUCGCCUUUGCCGGUUGGAAGGCAGUGUUGGUGGCCACCUCUGCCCUUGCCGAUGGCAUUUCCUGUCGCUUCUGGUGCUUCCCAACUUCCCCCAGCCCACCCCAGAGAAGGGGGCUCCGGACACUCUGGAAUGUGUGUCCUCCCCAUUCAGGGGCUUCACAACGGUGCUAGGCCGCUGGCUGAAGCGGGAAUGUCAGCUUUGACCAUCGCUCUAGGGCAUGAAGGAAGGCUGACCUGGAAGGUCACUUUGGGGGACACAGAAACAGAGUUCUCAGGUUGUGCCCCAUCAACCCUUGUUCUCCGCCAAAGACCGCUCCUGCUGGAGUCAGGGGUCUUCUCCCGCCUGGCUCGGGCUGGGCCAGAGGUUUGUGGUGCUAGGGCAAGGCCAUGUGGCCCAGUACCCCCAGGGCAGGAUGUGAGCCUUUGCCCCAUGCUGGGGUGGGGAGGAGAUGUGACCCACAGUACUGUGGGGCCUCAGAUGCCCUCCAUGUUACCUCCGAAGGCAGGUAACUUCUCUAGACCCUCUGACUCUCAGGAAGCUGCCUGGGUUCCCAGGAAUUCUCCCAAGGGUCCUUACUCUUAGUCGUGCAGAGGGUCUUCUGGACUCGGCAGCAGGUGCUGGAGGGGCUUGCCAGGCAUCCUUCCCUGAGGGGGCUGGGGAGGGCUGUUCUGAGCCAGGCUAGAGGACUAGGAGCAGUGGGUCCCUGUCUGCAACCUCUGGAGAAUAGAGGCCUUGGAGGGGGCUCCCCACAUGUCCUCUCCACCUGCUGCUGCCCCCUCCCUGGGAUGCCGGGGCACACACUGAACCAUUCCUGUGAGACGCAGCCUGCCUGUGUUAGGGAUAUACAUUCUUGUGCCUCUGAGAUCCAGGUCUUUACAUUUUUAUGUAUUUAUUAACAUUGUCCUUGGUGUUUUGUUUUG